GGUGGCACUGACUGGCACUGAUGGGUGACACUGAUAGGCAGCUCAGAUGGGCACUGAUAUGUGGCAUUGAUGUGCACUGGUAGGCACUGAUAUGUGGCAUUAAUGUGGCACUGAUGGGCACUGGCAGGUGGCAUGGAUGAGCACUGACAGCUGGCACUGAUGGACACUGACAGGUGGCACUGCUGGGGCUACGCUGAUCAUCAGGGCACACUGAUUAUCAGUGCCCUGAUGAUCACUGUCAGCGUGACAGCUCGUGAGGAGAGAAAUGCCGAUAAACUGGCAUUU